AUGGAAGGAGAUGAAUUGGUGGAUGGAUGGCCAAAAUGGCUAGUUGAUAACAUUCCUAAAGAGGUUUUGGUUGGUCUAGUUCCAAAGACUGCUGAUUCUUAUGAUAAGCUUGCUAAGGUAGGGCAAGGGACAUAUAGCAAUGUGUAUAAAGCAAAAGAUAGGAAGAGUGGGAAAAUAGUAGCCUUAAAGAAGGUUAGAUUUGAUACAUCAGAACCAGAGAGUGUAAAGUUUAUGGCAAGAGAAAUCAUAAUAUUGAAGAAAGUUGAUCAUCCAAAUAUUAUCAAGCUUGAAGGCUUAGCCACUUCAAGAAUGCAAUAUAGUCUUUAUUUGGUUUUUGAUUUCAUGGAAUCUGAUUUAACUAAACUUAUCAAUCGCACUGAAGGAAGACUCACUGAGCCUCAGACAAGAAUGGGAUGCUCAAAAUUGCUGAUUUUGGGCUUGCAAAUUUUUACCAGACAAAGACAAAGAGUUGGGAUUGAUCUUUGGAGUGCUGGUUGCCUUUUGGCUGAGAUGUUUGUUGGAAGGCCUAUUAUGCCUGGUAGAAAUGAG